CGGCGCACCAACGUCGUCCUCGGGAAAACUCCGGAAAGGCGAACGGCUCCAAAAAAUUGUUCCUGAAGUCCCGCUCUCCGGGGCUCCACUCGAUGCCACUGCCGCCGGCCAAACAUUGCAGAGUCCGCCGAGAUCACGAGUGUUCGAGUCCCUCCCCCCGGCUGCUUCGCGGGUUCGUUGCGUGCGCGUAGUAGUGUCUGUCCGCCCCGUGUUUGAGUGGUGUUUCCCAAGCCGGCCCGCCCUCCGUCCGCCGCCUUCGUUCUGCCCCCCCGCGCCGUGUGUGUGUACCCCCACCGUCGUCGUCGUCGCAAGCCGAUUAGCCAGCAAACUCAACCACCACCAUCACCACUACCGAACACCCGCAUCACCACCACAAACAAAGAUGCCUGCGAGGUUGGGUCUCAGUGCCGCCUUCCGGUCCCUGUCCAUCCGGACAAACCAAUUGCCUCAGCAGCAAUCGAUUGCCGCCGCCGUGCAGGCGCGCACCCUCAUCACAGAUUCCACCACCUCGUCGAGGCUACCACCCAGAGUCCAAAUCCAGCAGCAACAACAACAAAGGACACAACCAUACUCGACCGAGACCACCCCUCCUCCCAACAGCAACAAUGGUGACCUUGCCGGCAUUGAAGGCCAACCACCAGUAGAGGUCACCCCCGAGAACGCUGCCGCCCUGUCCCAGUUGUCGGAGAUCGCAUACGGUGUCAAGGCGGCCGACGUCGCGAUCGAGGGCCACAAGUACGGUCUGCCUACGCUGCCGCUGCCGUCGGAGCUGCACCACAAGUACCGCUACUCGGAGGUCGUCAACCACGCUACCAAGCUACUCAUGAAGGAUGGAAAGCUGAGCAAGGCGCAGAGGGACAUGGCCAUGAUCCUAAACUACCUCCGCUCCUCGCCCCCUCCCAAACUCAACCCCUCGCGCCCUCUGAUCCCCGGCCACCCUCCGGCCUCGCACCUGCCGCUCAACCCGGUCGAGUACCUCACGGUCGCCAUUGACUCGGUAGCGCCCCUGAUCAAGAUGCGCGGCUACAAGGGUCUGGCCGGUGGUGGUCGCUCUCUCGAAGUGCCGCAGCCCAUCCCGGCGCGCCAGCGCCGCUCCACGGCCUUCAAGUGGAUUCUGGAUGUGGUCAACAAGAAGCCGAGCAAGGGAUCCGGUCGCACCAUGUUUGCGCACCGCGUGGCUGAGGAGAUUGUGGCUGUCGUCGAGGGCAGGAGCUCGGUCUGGGAUAAGCGGAUGUUGAUUCACAAGCUGGGCACGGCCAACAGAGCCAAUCUGAACUCGCCGGCGCUGCAGUUGAAGGGCAAGAGGUUCUGAGGUUGAUUGGUUGAUUGAUUGAUUGAUGGACACCCUGUUAAGCCAACAACAUAGCGAAGCCAAGCAAUCUCUGACCGACAGCCUUUUUCUUGUGUAUACUAGUUUUUUGUGUGUGUAUGGAUAUGUAUGCUCCUACUUUGCUGCUGCUGCUGCUGCUGCUGCUGCUGCCGCCUCUGUGAUGGAGCGAAAAAGCCGGUGAAAGGUUUUGGGCUCAUUGUGAAGCCGGGUGUCUUGUCUUAGCUUGUUUGGUUACGGUUCUGGCGAGGUUGAUGGUGGCCAAUGACCCUUGACUGACCAUAUUCUUGGAUUUAGAGGUAAUGGACACAAACAUACUACGCACAACCUAUAGCUACAAUGUGGUUUAAAAAAAGGUCAGCAGUGGAUCUCAGCCUGGAGUGAUCCGGCUAAGAUAUCGACACACGGGCUGUACAAUUUGUAUACGAGUUUCUACAGGAUUCUGAAUACCACGGCUUGUUACAUGACGAGGAUUGUUUGCUGUCUUGUCAGAUGACUUUUAUCACGAGCAUCGCAGGAGGUCGAAUAACUUGGGGUUUCGAAUGGAGUUGUAGCAAGAGAGCCGUCAACAGGAGUGAUCCUUGUUGCGAGUAAUCUUUUUUGAGGUGUGCUCAGGAGCAGCAUCGAUAGUCAUAAGGAAGUAAGAGGAAAGAACUUGAUAUUCAUAACCAGUAGAUGAUAACUGAAAACCGACCACGUCAAUUGAGUUUGUCGGUCACAGAAAGUGGGCUCUAAUCACGCUCAGGACGAUGCAGUGUGACAAGCAAAGACUAGGUACCCAAACAUCCAUCACAUGCGCAAUUACGUCUCCUAGAUCAC